AUGGUGGAGCACGGGGAGCGCGACCCAUCAGGCCGCGAUCUGCAGCAGUACCAGAGUCAAGCGAAGCAGCUCUUCCGCAAGCUGAACGAGCAGUCCCCCACGAGAUGUACUCUCGAAGCAGGAGCCAUGGCUUUCCACUACAUCAUUGAGAAAGGAGUGUGUUACCUGGUCCUGUGUGAAGCUGCAUUCCCCAAGAAACUGGCCUUUGCGUAUCUGGAAGACUUGCAUUCAGAGUUUGAUGAGCAGCAUGGCAAGAAGGUGCCAACGGUCUCCAGGCCCUAUUCCUUCAUUGAAUUUGAUACCUACAUCCAGAAAACCAAGAAGCUCUACAUUGAUAGCCGGGCAAGGAGGAACCUGGGCUCUAUCAACACAGAGCUGCAAGAUGUGCAGAGGAUUAUGGUGGCCAACAUUGAGGAAGUCUUACAGCGAGGAGAGGCGCUUUCAGCUCUUGAUUCCAAGGCCAACAACUUGUCCAGUUUGUCCAAGAAGUACCGUCAGGAUGCGAAGUACCUGAACAUGCGUUCCACUUACGCUAAACUUGCAGCUGUAGCUGUGUUUUUUAUCAUGUUGAUCGUCUAUGUGAGAUUCUGGUGGCUGUGAGCAGGUUGCAGUCACGGAAGAGGGAAAGCCGGUAGCCUGGCAGGUGUAUGUGUGCAGGACACUGUUCACGGGGGAUGUGCAUUAGAAUCCACACAGGACCUUCACCUUUAUGGGAGUGUCCUGAAAUUGUUAGGUGACACCUGACUGCUACAUCUCUUAGUGAAGCCUAACAAUAGGUGCAAAGGCUUGUUGACUACAGGCUUUUCCUCUGAGGCAGUUUGCACUAGGGUACUGCAGAGUUUGGCCUCCCAUGGUUCUGCCCCCCUCCCAGGGGCACGCUCUGGGAACAGCCAAUCAGUGCGGUUUAGCGUAAUCACAUUGUAUGUCCUCCUGUUGAGUAGCUCUAGUGGGAACUGGACUCUAAUGAACAUUCCUUGUGUUGGCAAUGUUUGCUUUUUUAGAAUCUGGGUCUGCAGUUAUUUUUCUUUUUUUUUUUUUAAAGACAAGACUCCCCCUUUUGAAGGCAAAUACUGCACUGUACAUAUAAUAGCUUUCACCUCUGUCAGAAUAGCUGUUGUUGAGUUUUCUGUGUCUGACAUCUUGGCUUGUUACACUUUAAAUUGCUUUAGGAAGAAAUGGAUGUUAAAUUAUGCCUUAAAAUACAUUCUGUCUAGUACUAGGAGGGGCAGUGAAAGGCUUCUAUAUUGCUGAUUCCUACAAAAUUAAACUGCAGGUUUGUAAGUGUCCACUUUCCCUCUCCUGAUGGCUAUGUAUGACUGUGUUUCCAUGUGAACAGGGUGUGUAAUUCAAGUGCUGUUGGAGCGGGCACAGUGCAAACUAUGUCAGCACUCUGUAUUUUUCCCUUCUGUCUACAGAUUGACUACACUAUUUCCUUCCUUUUUAUAACUGUGCUUUCCUUCCAAAAUGUGUCAAAACUGCCAGCAUUUCAUCUCUGGGAUGCUUGUUUUCUUUCUCCCUCUUUUCCCUCACCCAAAACAACCAAAAAACCAAAACUCUGAAUGUUGUUGUGAAGAAAAGGCAGUGUUUCCUUAAAGAACACUUUAACUUUACAUGAAGGAUUCAAAAGGAUAACUUUAAAACAGUGGAAUCCUUUGGAAACACCAUCUUUUUUUCCUAUGGUCACCCUCUCCCUACCUCACUUGGGAAGUUGAAACUGUAGGUGAAGAAAAACUCGUUAUGGGGCAAUAGUAUGUAGCUUCUUUCUCAUGGGCCAAUCUAUAUAUUUCCAGUGUAAUGUGAUUUUUUUUUAUCGGUCCACCUGUGCUAAGAAUAACAUUUUACCAGCCAGCUUUUGUUUUUAUUUAAAAAAAGAGAAAAACCCCACAGCUCAGGCACUCUUCUGCCAUCAAGUGUCUGCCGCUUGGUAGGAAGCAGGCGGUGUCACAGAUGGAAGUUUCAGCACUCCCCAGCACCUUUUAAAAGCACAUAAUCUUGCGUAGUUCUGGAAGUAUAAACUGUGACCUGGAAGUGUUUCCUGCCACUGGGUAGGAAACAGGGAGCUGUUGUCCUGUCUGGGAAUGCUCCCCAGCUUGGCACCGUGUUGGACUGGCAGGGAAGCAGUUGGCACUUGUGCACCAAUAAACCUAGCAAAUCUGAUCUGCCGUGUAGUCUAAAAUCAUCUGGUUUCUGCAUCAUGCCUCCAAGUGUUACUUUGUAGAUUGCUUUAUUAUUAUUAUUUUUAAUCCUUUUAAGUGGUGAGUGUCCCUAACAGGUGAAUGUCCCAGUGAUGUAGGUCUGUGUAAUGUAGGUGCUGAAAGGUGAGCAGACACUGAUCUUACGUGGGUUGUCGUGAUUGAGGGGAGUGAUGCUUCUGCAGCGAAGGGCAGCUCGGGGAGCAGUUGCCUCCUGCAGCCCCAGUGUCAGCAGUGAAAUAAACGCUUCUGAAAAAUCCUCUCUGCAGCA